UUGACCUUAUACAGAAAUAAAAAAACUAUACGAGAACUAUUCAAUAAUACAAAAGAUACUUUCUGGACACCAAGCGAAACUAAAAAUAUAAAACGAAGCCAGAAGCUAGGAACAUUUCUUAAGAAUUUUUACUUCAAGUGUGUCGUUCUUUGCAUAACUUCCACAGUAAUUAAACCAUUUGUUUUGGGCGAAGGAGCUUCUUCUUAUACAAAAUAUAAACCCGAUUACGUUCCAAGAUAUUUUUUCUUAAUUCUAGAAGAUAUCGCUUGUACUGCAGCUCUUCUGUCAAUGUUGUGUUUGGAUGUCGUAAUUUUAACACUAUUAAUGAUGACAGAAGUUCAGUUUCAAAUACUUAAUAACAAAUUAUCAAAUUUGUUUCAUUUUGAUAGUGGCAAAGAAGUAUAUUAUCAACAAGUUUUACACAAAAGAAUUAAAGAAUAUGUUGACCAUCAAAAUUUUCUUAUCAAGUUCUUAGCUAGAUUUAGCAGAAUUUUUUCAGUAACAACGUUAUUUUUCUUGGGUGAUAUAAUUCUGACAAUGUGUAUGAGAAUGUACAUUAUUUCCAGUGACAACACACAUAUCAACUAUAGAAUAGAAGCUCUAUUCCAUUUAAUUGCGGGAUUAAAUGAAAUAAUUUUUUGUUAUUCAAUACCAGCUCAAGCUUUAAUGGAUCAAGCUAACGAAAUUAGUAAUAGUGCCUACUUAAGUAACUGGUAUGAAUAUCCAGCUGAUGCAAAAUGUAUUCUACAGAUUAUGAUAAGGGACCAAAAAAAAAUUGAAAUCACUGCUGGAGGUUAUGUUAUGAUAGAUUUAAAAAUGUUUAUGGCGGUAAGAAUUCUAUCAUUUUAAGAAUCAACUUUCUUUUAUCCAAAUUAAUGGAAUGUUAAACUGCUAUAAAUUAAUCUAAUUUUAUACUGGCACAAAACUAUUAGACUUAUCUCGCUUAUUAAAAGGUACUUUUCCAGUGCCCCCCCUUAACACGUUUGCAACGGCAAAUAUGUCUUGUAUAGGGUUUCUUAUUUUUUAAUAAUUUGUACGGGGCAUAUAUGACCCAUACAGUAUUAGACUUCAACAACUUUACUUACGGGACAUACCAGAUUGUUUCUGUAACGUAU